AUGCCCACGGCAGCCCCGCGCGGGCUGCCUCUGCCAUUUAGGGAGGCUCCGGACCCCUUGCACCCGGCUCGGGCGGUUGGGCGCGCGAGGUUAAGAUCAGAAGCUCGGGCAGCUGCUUGGGCCGCGAGCCAGUGUCAGUGCUCGGCCGCCCCCGAGGCGGGGUCGCCGCGGAGCCCGACGGCGGCGAGGGCCGCUUCCCCCUUAUCUGAGCGCUCGGGAAUCGGCGGCUGGUGCAGGGCUGGGGGCUACGGGUGGCACGCAACGGCCGGGGUGCCGCUGCCAACUGCCUCAGACCUUAUCUGGCACCCUGGCCUAACUGCCUGGCACCCCGCAACCGGGUUGGGGUCACUCGUCUCCCUCGCGUUCUCCCGGGAUCUUGUGUUUCUCUGCGUUUCAUUCCGUUCAAAGAAACAUGGGGCACGUGUGGCGGGUGCGGCUGCAGCAGGCGACCCUCGAGCGCACCUUCGAAGGACGUACCCGCCCUCUGCCUUGCCUCGUAUUGUGGUUCACUCGUAAGUGCCUGCUUCCCCAGUCAAAGAGAACUUGUGAGCCCUUUGGUGCGUCGAGAGAAGGGCGGUCUUUAGGGCUGAGGAGAAAGGAGUGCAGUUCCUCUCCUUUCCCUACCUGCCACCUGGACAGGUCACGGUCUCCCAGGGUGGGCAGAGGGUGAGGAGCCGUUGAGGACCAGCUGCGACCGGGGACUGCUGCACGUGGGUGUGGGAGAGCGCCACUUGGGUAUGGUGGAAUCGCUUCUGUGCGGCAGACCCCCAAAAAAUCCCUCAGUGUCUUCCUGAUCGAGCAAAUAGUCACAGCUGGUGUUUCACAAUUAGGUGGAGUGCGGGGAGUGGGCUAUGGGGAACACCUGUGAUACAAGGUUAGUUGCUGUACCUACUCAGGGCACAGCAACCAUGUGUAUCCACUCGACUGGACUUUUGAUUGUUCAAUAACAGAAGGUAUUUAUAUUUAUUUGUCUUUUAUUCUAAUAUUUUUAUCAUGCAUUGAAUGCAACAGGAGGGUAUUUCAGCAAAUUCAUGACAAGGUAAUCGUCUUAUCACUUUUUGUAGGCCAUUAAUGGUCAGGAAAUUGCCCAUACUCUGUCAUUAUUGUUUAAUAAUUCAUGAAAUUAUUUCAUUAAAAAAGAAAAACAGAGGUAUGGUCAAACGAGGAAGCAUAUGUGACCUAAAAACAUUGAAGGAUAUCUUAUUUUCACUAUUUGAGAAGAAUAUAUUUUAUUUUUAGUACUGUGGCAUAAUAUAUAACUUUUUAUAAUAAUAACUGUAUGCAUUAUGUAGUAUAGCUCUUAAUUGUAUCAUUCAUCACAUAAUUAUAUGUAAAAAUAAUUGACAUGUAUAUGCCAUACCAUGAAGCAUAUGAUGUUGUGCACUUUCUCCUCCAUUUUUCAUUUGGAAUACAUUCCACAACAUAAUCCAAAACAUAAGAACUUGUGACUUGUAACUUUUGUUUAAAGCCAUUAAUUGUGGGGUAAUGUGCUACAGAAGGAUUCAGUCAGCUUCUUUUAAGAAACAAGUGUCAUUGUAUCAGUUUCCUGUUCUGUGACACGCCCUUUAAAAGUAAAAGAUAAUAUAACGUAUUUUAAUACAUUGUGUGUAAUGUACAUAUGCAUAUUGUCUAUGUACUAUAUACACAUUGUUUAUAAUAGUGUUAAUACAGUUUGUCAUUCUCCUGAAAGGAGAAGGAAAUACAAAAGGUUUCUCUGCUUGGGAAAAGGUGAAUGUUGUUAUAUCAAGAAUGAUUACACACAUGGAUCUCAUACAUGUUUUUAGAACAUUGUUCUUCUGAUUGAAGAAGUCUGCCACUCCUGAAAAAAAUUUAAAAUAUCUGACUUGUAUUAGAAGAAAAUUAUUUGAUUAAACUUUUAAAGGCUGGUUGAAAAAGUCUGACAGUUCUGAGAAAUUUUUAAAUGUCUGAAUUGUAAUAAAAGAGGAUGAUUUACUUUAAACUUCUAAAAACUAAUGACCUUCUGACUAAAGAAAAAUCAUUUGAAGUGUAUUAAAACAUAGCAAAACAUUAAAAUCUUUUCUCUGUGCAAAUUUUA